GUUAGUCUUUGGUCAAAGUAGCAGCGCGGUUGCGGCUACCCACUUUAUAUUUCACUGCCUUCUCUCUCUUUGAUCGGAGCACUCGUCUUCUUUUCCUUCUUCCGAAAGAGCAUUGAAUUGGAGCAAUUAAGCUGCUUGUGAUAUCGAAGGGCACGGAAGCGGGUCGGCAUAAUGGAUGAGAGUCCUGAGACUAGCGGCUCUGUCCACCCCAAUUCAUUAGAUAUUGAGCAGCUAUUCUUAGAAGCAAAGCAUCGGUGGUUAUUCCCAGCUGAAAUAUGUGAAAUUCUUCGGAAUAAUGAGACAUUGCCGAUUGCCUCAGAACCCUCUAAUAAGCCACCAAGGACUUCUCCCACAUUGUUCUUGUCCACUACCUGGAAUUAACGGUAACUGAAAAGAUUAUGCCCAAUUCUGAGAUUGACGGUUCUUCGUCUUCUGGUUCUCGUCCAAAUAAUUGCCUAGAACCUUCAGAAAAUACAGAUAGGUAUCUGGAUGGUGCACAGCCAUUGCAACGUGAAAAUGCUCAACCAGCCAUUCCUGGAAUGGAUUCGAUCCCCACUCAAUCAGACAAGGACAAAAGUGAUAAUGAUGCUGAAUCAACAGUUGACUGGUUGAAUUACCUUAAUCUUGCAUCAUCGGAAGAUGAUUCUGAAAGUUGUCAUCCUUGUAGUGAAUCCAUGGAGGAUAAAUCAUUGUCUUCCUCCUCACAUCCUGAUACCGUAGAUAAGUUUCUCAGUGACAGCGUUGU